CUCUUUCUCCUCUUGUUUCUUUUGAAUCUGAAAGGUUUGUCUUGUUGGGGUGAGGUUCAAGCCAUACCCCAAUACUAAAGGGCUGGUUUCCCUUGAAAAGAAAGGACCCAAGAAUCCCCCAUAGGCUAUGUUCCUAAGCAUUUGGUUCCUUUGCCUAUUUUUCCUGACUGCAUUAGCAUCAGGAAGUCCCACACACUGAUGCGAAAAUAUUAAAUUGGGUUUGAACUGGAAACUGAAACUUUAAACUACUUUAGCAUCCAUGCCUGAAACUCUUUAGCUAAUUGUUAAAGUUCAGUGCAAAUGUAUUAAUCUCCUUUGCUGUCAGUGUUGGUGACUUCCAGCUGCAUGAUAUGAAAUGCACUGUGUCUUGUUGCCAGCAAACUGACAGUAAUUUGGGUGAUUAUUUUUAUAUCAGUGGUCCAACUAAAUGAAUAAUCCCAAAUGACUCUUCUAGUGUCUUCCAGUCAAAGAUCCCAAAAUGCUUUGCAGACUCUUAAAACAGUCAUGUGUUAGGCAGGUUUUUUUUCUGUUUUAUAAAUAGGGAAACUGAGGAACAGACAAAAAGUGACUUGCCUGCAGUCACAUAGUGAGUCAGUGGUGGAAGUGGGAAUAGAACCCACUCCUUUGCCCUACCAUUAGAUCACCGUAGAAGCUACAAUCUGAGACUAGAGCUCUGGAAAGCAAGAAAAUGCCUGUGUAAUUUAACAUUGCAGCCAAAAUUAAUCUUAUCGUACAGACUGAAAAUGCUGAAAGACAUACCCAUUCUGCCAGCUCCCCGAAAGCUGCGAGCAGAGUAGACUCUUCCUUGCCCUUCUCUCUCUGCCCAUCCUUGAUGCGUGUUUGGAAUUCUUGUCCCCUGGUACUGGGCAAAUUCUUCUGUUUUUUUUAUCCUGCCAGCUGAAGAAAUUCGCUCUUAUCUUGCCACUAAAGCAGAUACAACAUUGGUAUGGCUGGUGACCCUGUUUAUAAAGCCCUACUCUAUACAAUAGCAAUCUGGUAUGUUCUGUUUGAACACUCCUCUCAUUGGAAAACGUUAUUUAGCUAAUUACAAAGCACGUGCUGCUUUAGGGUUUCAUACUUGCAUCUCAUCUGCUUACAGUAUAACAGUAAAAUCUCAUCUUAUGCUCCUAUAGCAUGAGAUGCGCUAGGGUUUGUGUUACAAGAUGAAUUUGGUUUCCCAUUGUGAUUGUGGUUGGAGCAGUCAUUACUUCUUUUUUUUAAGAACCAGUGUGACCGUGUUUCUUACCUGACAGUGUUAGUGCGUUUUUUAUUUGGUUGAAAAGGAAAGAGCUUUUUCUGUUUUGGGAAGACUAACGCUCUCACUCUGGUGAGUAUGGAUAAGGUGUGUUUCAUGGUCCUUGGAUGUACAGUAAAAUCUAUAAAAACACAAGCCAUGUAGGAAAAGCAACUUGAGCCUUUGGAUAUGCACAGGUCAAACGGUUGCUAUUUGGAAAUAAUAUAAAUGCAAUGGCAAGUGUGGGUGUGUAGUGCCUCGCACAAUGGGCCCUGUGAUGCUAAUGCACUACAAAUAAUACAUAUUUCUUGUUAGGAAUAUUGGAAUAAUAACACUUACUCAUAGGCAAAGUCAGUAUUAGCACUAGUAAAAGAUGACAAACACUUUUUGCAGAAAAUAUAUCAUUUUAAUUCCCAGUUUUUGAAAAGGAGCAACUUCAUUUAUUCAACGUUAUUCAACAGCAAACCUCACGACUGGGAAUACAGAUGUGAUGUGCAUGUAGGGAAAGAGUCUGGUCCCAACUGCUAGUUGCCUUACAGCCAAAGCAAUCUAGGAACUCAAUGUGUUCUCCAAUGGAGGGGAAGAGGAUGGGAAUUUAGUGCUUGAGAACGACUCCUAUGACUUUAACAAAAUAAAAGGCCCCAGCUGUGUAGGUAGUGAAAUGCCUGAUAAUCUGUAAGAAUGGCUGACACUUUAAAUAAUAAAAAAGAAUAGUCUAAUCCUCAGUAGAGGGCACUGUACUUCCGCUUGCCUGCAGAAGAAAAGGAACUGACAGAAUACCUUCUCUCUACUCUCUGGUCCCAUGACUCACUCUUCUUGGCUGUUAGUAUUAUUUAUUAUUGGUAUUGUAGUAGUGCCAAGGAGCCUGAGUCACAGACCAGGACCCCAUUGUGUUAUUGCCACAUCAGUAAAUAUUAAUUCACCAGAUCACAUGCUCCAAGAUAUUUAGUAUCUAAGGUGCUUGGAUGUUUCCAAACAAAAUUUUGCCAAUGCGCAGUUAAAGCUGUCAGUUUAUUCUCCCCUCCAAAAUUAUCUAAUUUAUUUAAAUAUUACUCUUGAGAAUGUAACCAUUAUAAAGUCAGCACCUUCUUAGUUAAAGUUCUAUGCUGUGACCGCUGUGGCCCUCUCUUCCUCUAAAGACUAAGUAUAUUGUGAAGAUGAGACAAAAUUAACAAAUGCCCUUCUCAGUGUAGCAGAUUUAGGCACAGAGACAGAGAGGAGUUAGGCUAUAAACACAGCUUUCCCACAGACAGUAACUUCAGCCUCCCACUUCUCAGUCCUACACCAGACUCUUCUACCAGCUUACCUGGUCAGAACAAAACUGACCUUCUCCAACUGUCUUGUGGAUGUCAUUGCAUUCCAUUCCCUCUCAUUGCUUCCUAUGCUUCGUUGCUAAGAGCCUUGGGGUGUGUCACUGACCACCAUUAUUACACAUACAUGUUGCAUAUGACCAAGAUGUAUGUAGUAAGACCAAGGAGAGAUUUCAAGGCUGGUGGGAGCCAUCGUGAUUUUAAAGGCCCCUGUGACCGCUUACUGUGGGCAGUCCAAAGACAACGACAAAUUGCCAAAACUCCAAUUUGGGUCAGAGAAACCUGAAGCCCCAAGACAGCCCAUUUUGGGGACUGAAGGAAACUUGCGUAUAACAGCUGAAGGCAGAGUGUACUAUCCCAUUUCUCUGGGCAAGAGAAAAUACACAAUUACUAUGGGAAAAAUGCUAGAUUGAGGGGAAGGUGCCCCUCCCUCCCCCCAAAGCUAGCUGAGACUGAUGUGCUAGAGGAUGCAGGGCUAAAGAGCAAAGGCAAGCUGGAAGGUGCUGCACCACAGCACCUGCUGCCCCUGGAAGAGGUAAAGCAGGGAGACUGUCCACUACAGGGGGAAGUAGCAAUGAUGGAAUAAGAUCAUCCACUGGAGAGGGACAUGGCCACAGCUCUGCAGCCAGAAGAGGAGGUGGUGAUGGAAGGAGAAGACUCACUGAAAGGUUCUGAAUUCUCUCCACUGCGUUUAGGUGGGGAUUUUGGAGGAGACCGUCUGAUCCAGAGUGUUGCAGCUGCUUGCCAACCAUCAAAACAGGAUAUAGGUUCUCUGGAAAGAGAUGAUCUGGUGAAGUGGCUCCUCCUCCAGCUUCUGGAAGGGGAGAGGAGGCGCAAGGAGGCAGAGAAAAGGUGGGAGGAGUCAGAAACAAAAUUUCAGCAAUUUCUCCUGGAGCUAAAAAAGAGAGCGAACAGGUUGACUUUGAGCUCCCAGGUCAGACCUGGAGAAGCACUCCCCUCUCACCUAACUUCUCCAGACCACAUAGAGCCAUUCUGGAUGCACAUUCAGAGGGCAUAUCGGUGGCUGAAAGACCAGUGGUCCCUACGUAUGAGUCUGUGUCUCCCAAGGCAAGUCCAAGAGACUCAUUGCAGUGAUGUAAGUGAGGCUGACAACUAUGCAGAAAUGUGUCGGUACAGGUUUAGGGAGUACAGAUUCCAGGAGGCAGAGGGACUCCAGGAGGCUUACGCUCACUUAUCCGAGCUGUGCCACAAGUGGAUCCAGCCCAAAAGCAAGAGUGCAGCACGGAUUGCUGACAUGCUAAUCACAGAGCAUUUCUUGGAGAUCCUCCCACAUGAUGUUCAGGCAUGGGUUAGGAGGAACAGGCCAGACAUUGGGAGUAGGGCUGUGUCCUUGGCAGAGUACAUCCUGGCCAUAAAGGAGCAUGGUCAGUGCUCAACACUGGUAAUGCCUCCAGAAUGUCCCAUGAGGGAGAAAUGUAGGGCUGGAAAAGCAGGGGGUGGGAUUAUGACUGCAAGGACCACAAAUGCGCUUCCUGAUGAGAAACUGGGAAGCUUGCACACAUGGUCACAUAGCUUACCGCGACCCUGAGAGUGCUGCACUGUGGGUGGAGGGGUGGGGAUUGGAUUAGAUGCUCUCAUCCCUGUGACACAUGAGGCAACCCAGGUUUGCCACAUUUCGUACUCCAUCGUAGUCUGUUCCAUGACAGCAACAUCUUUGUCAAUAAUUUUCUUAUAUCUCAUCUGCUGUCCUCCUCUUUUCCAUCUUCCACCAAGUAGUGUCCAGUCAAGGGCUUAUCUAGGAAUGUGUUUUUUCUAGGGCCGUCAAUUACUCACAGUUAACUCACGCGAGUAACUCAAAAAAUUAAUCUUGAUUAAAAAGAUUAAUUGCAGUUUUAAUUGCACUGUUAAACAAUAGAAUACCAAUUGAUAUUUAUUAAAUAUUUUGGAUGUUUUUCUACAUUUUCAUAUAUUGUAUUCUGUGUUGUAAUUGAAAUCAAAGUGUAUAUUUUUUUAUUACAAAUAUUUGCACAGUAAAAAUGAUAAAAUAGUAUUUUUCAAUUCACCUCAUACUGUUACUAUAGUGCAAUCUCUUUAUCGUGAAAGUGCAACUUACAAAGGUAGUUUUUUUUUUGUUUGUUACAUAACUGCACUCAAAAAAUAAAACAAUUUAAAACUUCAGAGCCUACAAGUCCACUCAGUCCUACUUCUCAUUCAGCCAAUUGUUAAGACUAACACAUUUGUUUACAUUUACAGGAGAUAAUGCUGCCUGCUUCUUUUUUACAAUGUCACUUGAAAGUGAGAACUGGCAUUCGCAUAGUACUGUUGUAGCUGGCGUUGCAAGGUAUUUUCGUGCCAGAUAGGCUAAACAUUCAUAUGCGCCUUCAUGCUUCGGCCAUCAUUCCAGAGGACAUGCUUCCAUGCUGAUGAUCCUCGUUAAAAAAAUAAUCCAUUAAUUAAAUUUAUGACUGAACUCAUUGUGGGAGAAUUGUAUGUCCCCCGCUCUGUUUUACCCACAUUCUGCCAUAUAUUUCAUGUUAUAGCAGUCGCGGAUGAUGACCCACCGCAGAUUUGACAGAAUGCAAAGAAGGUACCAAUGUGAGAUUUCUAAAGAUAGCUACAGCACACAACCCAAGGUUUAAUAAUCUGAAGUGCUGUCCAAAAUCUGAGAGGGAUGAGGUGUGAAGCAUGCUUUCAGAAGUCUUAAAAGAUCAGCACUCCGAUACAGAAACUACAGAACCUGAACCACCAAAAAAGAAAAUCAACCUUUUGCUGGUGGCAUCUGAAUCAGAUAAUGAAAACGAACAUGCGUCGGUCCACACUGCUUUGGAUUGUUAUCAAGCAGAACCCGUCAUCAGUAUGGAUGCAUGUCCCCCAGAAUGGUGGUUGAAGCAUGAAGGGACAUGUGAAUCUUUAGCGCAUCUGGGACGUAAAUAUCUUGCAACGCUGCCUACAACAGUGCCAUGAGAACGCCUGUUCUCACUUUCAGGUGACAUUGCAAACAAGAAGCAGGCAGCAUUAUCUCCUGCAGAUGUAAACAAACUUAUUUGAGCGAUUGGCUGAACAAGAAGUAGGACUGAGUAGGCUUGCAGGCUCUAAAAUUUUACAUUUUUAUUUUUGAAUGCAGUUUUUUGUACAUAAUUCUUCCUUUGUAAGUUCAAAUUUCAUGAUAAACAGAUUGCACUACAGUACUUGUAUUAGGUAAAUUGAAAAAUACUAUUUCUUUUGUUUUUUACAGUGCAAACACUUGUAAUCAAAAAUAAAUAUAAAGCGAGCACUGUACACUUCAUAUUCUGUGUUGUAAUUGAAAUCAAUAUAUUUGAAAAUGUAGAAAACAUCCAAAAAUAUUUAAAUAAAUGGUAUUCUAUUAUUGUUUAACUGUGCGAUUAAUCGUGAUUUUUUAAUCACGCAUUUAAUUUUUUUCAUCACUUGACAGCCGUAGUCUUUUCAUAUCUGUAGAGCAUAUCCAAACACCUUCAGCCUUAUUUCUCAAAUCACUGUCCCUACAGUCUGUUGGCCAGUCCUUUGUAACACAUCAGCAUUAGUUACUUUAUCCCACCAGUGGACACCAAGUACUCUCAGUAAGCAUCUCUUACGUAAUGCGUUAAGUUUCCUGUUGCCAAGUUUCUGAAGAAUAUAACCUUGUGGGUAUCACAACGACAUUGUAUAACUUUAGCUUGGUUCUUAUGUGAAUCUCCUUACUUUUCCAAAUCCAAUAUCAGUGUCAAAUAUAGGGGGUCAGCAAUCAUGGUGCUUCUGUGAUUGACAUGACAAUACAAAAUGACAAACAAGUGUGUGCUUCUGAGAUAGAUAAUCAGUGCUGAUGGCCAGCUCAAUCAGGAAAUGGAAGCAAGAACUGGAAAGGCGUGUGGAGCUUUUGUGAAACUGAUAUAUAUGUGGAGAGGUCGGGAUUGUUUGGGGAAUCAAGAUGUGGAGUAGUAUUUGCAAAUCCGUCACUGACUGUAAGUGUCAUAUAAAGGCAGGGAUCGUGAGAACUAGAGAGGGCGUUGCGGAGGGAAGAGGGCUGUUGGUGCUAAGGGGUAUUCUAUCAUGAGGGUCUGUUGAAAUGGAAAGGAGAUUGACCUCUUUGGUUGUCAGGGUGAUAGAAAUCAACCUUUUCCAGGGAUUCUAAGGCGAUGGAGUACCAGAAACCGUUACGUGGAUAAGCCUGUAGAGGGCUAAUCGGUACUAAUCAGUAUACCUGGGCACAAGAUAGGGACCACAAGAACUGUGCUGAGCAGCACCUGACAGUGAAAUAAUGUUGACCUGCCUUACAGGGGUGGUGGAGAGGCUUAAUGUUUGUAAAGCAUUCUUGUCAGUCUCUCAUUGGAAUCUCUGUAAAUGCUUGAUAAUGGCAGGAGGAAGACAAUUAAAUUUCUACCCUAUAUUUUUUCCCUCAACCCACAAAUUUUCAAAUGCAAAAGCUCUAUCCUACUUUAAUGGUAAAACUUUAAUCACUCCAGCGAGAAAGAGUUAUGGUUCCCACAGCAAUAAGAUUAAUAUUCCAUGCUGGUGUGUGCACAGUUGCUAUGGAAACCAUAACUCUGAAUUUCCUAAUUUGAGACUAAAAUCCCUAUUUUACAGUUGUCUAAAACCUAUUCCACUCUUCCCCUACACAGCUCUGUUGCGGCUCCUAUUCCAGACCCUAGAGCCUUUGGUCACUCAUAGAAUCACAGAAAUGGAGGGCUGGAAAGGACCUCAGAAAGCUGUUUAAUCCAUCCCCCGCAACCUCCAGUCUUUCUGGGGCAGGAUUUAAGUGUACCUAGACAGGGGUUUGGGAGUUUAAGGACAGGUUAGACAAUGAUGGAAAUUCCACAACCUCCCUUGGUAACCUAUUCUCCGAUGAAGUGAGCUGUAGCUCACGAAAGCUUAUGCUCUAAUAAAUUUGUUAGUC